UGGUGAAAGAGAUUGAGUGUAACAAAGUCUUUCCCAACUCUUAACCCAUAAAGUGUAGCCAUAUUUAUUGUUUCUCCAUGUUUUUCCUGUUGUAUGGAGAGUUUUUGGCUUUGAAUAUGAAAUGGCCAUUUUUCAGAAACAGUUCUGGCAUCCAAAUCAGAGUGUAAUUUGCUUUUCCAUUUUAAUACUUCACUACAAGACAAGAAACCUUUGUAUCUGUUUUAUAGGUCUUCACAACUGUGCUCACUCCUUGAGUUUUGUUCAACAUAAGACAGUAUCAUUUUCUAAGUCACAUCCAAUGGAUUGAAAAAAACAAAUUGAUUCUUUAGCAAGGUAGAUAUAUAUGCUCCUUCUGUUGGUGUUCAGCCAGUUCUGCUGUAUUUAAAAUACUGCAGAGAGCAAAACAAGCAGCCCACAUCCACACCUCAUGCCCUAACUUCUUGCUGUUACAUGUGCAUUUCUAGUUUACUUACAGGAGUAAAGUAGACCUGAAAGUGUGUUUUGCCAAGACUUGUAGACUUGAAAUAGAAAAUGAACUCUGCUUGCUGAAGUUGUAGAGGAAGAGUUUGAUUAUCUUUGGCUAUAUACACAGAAGGGUUUUAAACCAAAUUAGGAGUCCCCUCCCCCGCUAGAACACUUGAUUUUACCAGAUGCCUCCAGUAGCUUAGCAGGAACAGGUUGGUUGGUCCAUUUAUCUCUGUAGUGCUGAACAGUGGAACAGGUGCCUCAUGCAUGUUAGGAAAGUGCUCAACCAACCCUGAUUUUAAAUGUUUCUACUCAGGUUACAUAAGUUUACAGCACAAGGAAAGCUGCAUUCAUUGUUAGAAAUUUGCUACCACGGUUUUCUCUUCUCUAGUACCUCGUUGACAACCUAAAUGGGAAAACAAAAUAUAAGUAACAGUUUGAAGCAGUAUCUAAGAUAUGUUGGGCAAAAGAUGUUUUCAACCAACUUUUGGGCUCAGAUACAUCUUAAUGAAUGUGCAGGCAUGUGACGCUGGAAAAUUGUCGAAACAAAAAGAUGGAUUCCAGGGGCUGGAGAGAUGGAUGAGAGGUUAAGAGCAUUGGCUGCUCUUCCAGAGGUCCUGAGUUCAAUUCCCCGCACCCACAUGGUGGCUCACAGCCAUCUGUAAUGAGAUCUGGUGCCCUCUUCUGGUGUACGAGCACACAUGCAGGCAGAUCAUUGUAUACAUAAUAAGUCUUUAUAUAUAUAUAUAUAUAUAUAUAUAUAUAUAUAUAUAUAUAUAUAUAUAUAAAAGAUGGAUUCCAGAAAGAGACUUGUGUUGUCUAAAUACAGGCUAAACACAGUAAUAGUUGGGAUAAUUUUGAACACAGAAGAAACUAGUAACUCAUGAGUAAGCAUAGCUUGUCUAGAGCAAAUGAUGUCAAAUGUAUGCUUUCUAAACUGUAGAUAGACAAAGAAUAAAUUCUGAUUUCAUUGAGGUAUAAUUGGUUGGUUUCAAGAUGAAAAUUUUAGUUUUGAACUGUUGCUAUAGCUUGUUCUUGCAUGUCCCUCAAAGCAUGUAUUAAAUUCUUGUUUCCCAUCUGUAGUGCUUUUGGAAAGUGGUGAAGAUUUAGGGAGAUGGGGCCUUCCUCUCUCUUCCUCUCAUCUUACCCUAAAACAAUUUUUUAAGUUGGUUCUUUGUUGCUCAGGCUUGAGGCUGCUCUCACCCGGAAAUGGAAUGAAAAAACAAAAACAAAGCUUUUCUGAAAUGUGUAUUCUACAUAGAGAAGACAAGUGGGUGAAGCUGCAGCACAGGGUGGCAGAUGUUAACAGGGCAGACGAGGGUCUCUGGUAAAAUUGACAUAGAUGUGGGCUCCGCUUAAGUGACUGAAAAGCACCAGCCAGAAGUAUUAGACUGUCAUGUAGAUACUUACUUGCAAAGCAUUGUUUCUGGUUUUUAAAAGUUUUAAGAUGGUAUUUGUUUUAUUUAAGUUUGGAGCUUUUAACUACAAGGGGCUGUUCAGAAUAAAACCCAAUUCUCCAUCUUAAUAAAACUUACUGGGUAAUGUUUCCUAGAAACCAGGAAGAUGACAGUGUUAGAGAUUUAAAGGUUUUAAGCUGUUAGUUCCAAGAGAUUAAUUUCCUGAAGACCAUCAGUAGAUUGAAAUGACUGUGUUCAAAGAGAGCUGUUCUGUUUUUUGGGGGCGGGUAUGUGUUUGACUUUUUAACUCUUACUAUUUGGUUAAUGUGUGAGUAUUUGGCCUGCGUGUGUGUUAGUGCCCUUCAAGGGAGGCGCAGGGCAUCAGAUCCCUGAGGAUUGGGGAAGGCUGUGGGCCACCAUUCCGAGGCUGGAAAUUGAACCCAGAUCCUCUGGAAGAGCAGCUCAUGCUGUUACCCACCGAACCAUUUUGCUAGCCUCUCAGAGGAAGUUUAAAAGGCCUGCAAGAGCUCUGAAAACUGGAGUUUGGAAGUGUAGACGUUACAGCUAGAGGAGACGCGUUGGAAACAGUGUAAAGGGGAAUUCCACUGUUCGGAAAAAAGAAAUGAGAAUUAAAUGUCAGAUAUACUUAAACACAGGCAUAAAUAUAUGGGGAUCUUGUAAUGCAAGCAGUAAGGGAAUCUUACAAAGAGUAAAGUAAUUGACCGUUUGGCCUGUGCCUAGACUCUUUCACAGUCUGAAGAGUGAGCCUUGGAUUGGGGGUGGAAAGAAUCGCCACCAAAUUUUUCCUUCUACCUCGUUUCCUCUCCUUACCUUUUCAUAAAGUCCUGGUUUCCCCUAACAAAAUUAAAUAUCAAAGAUUUAAGAUUUUUAGAUAACCCACUUAUCUAUCCACUCAACAGUUCUGCAGACCUGAAUGACCUUCCAAUUCUUCGGAAAAUCCCAGAAAUGCAUACAACAGAGCUGGGGAUUUAGAUCAGUUACUAGAAUCAGAGUGGUGCCUCAUAUGCACAAACCUCUGGGUUUGAUUUCUAGCACCAUAUAAACCAUGCAUGUUGAUGUACACUAAUCCCAGCACUUCAGGGGUGGAGUCAAGAGGAUCAGGGAAUUAAAGAUCGUCCACAAAUUUGGCUACAUAGUGAAUUUGAGGCCAAUAUUGGCUCUUUGAGCCCUUGUGUCAACAACAAAAAACAACAUGCAACAGGAUAAAGGAUAGUUUGGUUUGAGUGUGUUGCAUAGACAAUAACAACUGGCUGAUGAGAUAGAAUAGGAAAAGAGUUGACAAUAGAGGCAAGAACAGCAAUAUCAGGAGAAUUGAGCAAAUAAGACAUUGCUGUCAAGAAGUCCUCACCUAGUGUAAUGGUUCAGGCAGAGCAGAUAUCUGGCUUUCUUGUUGGUUGGUGACUGGAGCUUGAGAGAAAGUAAUUCAAGGCUAGGUUAGGCUGAUGGUAUUACUUCUUACUGCCCAUAGGUGUGUUUAGUUUGGGACUGACUCCCUGUAGUUGCUUAUGAAAGAUAGGCAGAUGUCUGUCAGCGUGGUAAUGUUUGGCUGGCCUGUCUUGGAAUAGACUCAUGCCAAGCAGAACUAGGAAUUUUAUGACCCCAUUGCUUGGUGGCAGACUGCUCCGCAAGCCAGCUGUGUGAGAGUCUAACCUCUUGAUUGCAUUUUUUUCUACCUUUUCUUUUUUAUCUUCUUAUUCACUAAGUGUGCUCGAACUUUCUAUUUCAUGCUUUGCUCAAGUUGCUCUAUCUGGAUUGCUGAAUCAUGAGCUCAGUCUAACCCCUUCUAUUCAAACAAAGAUGGGUAUAUUCUUGGAAUUUCAUUUUGAGGCCCAUUUCCUGCGUAUUCUCUAAACCUUUGUUAAUUUCAUGGGUCACACCCCUUUUAGUGUUAACUGGGAAGCAGUUAAGUGAAGUUGGAUUUCGCCAUAUUUCUGCUGGAUUUCCUGUCCCCAUUCUUGAUUCCCACAACUAUUUUACAUUACUGUAUUUACUUUGUAGAUGAAAAAGUAACGUAAGGCUGAUGGAAUUGUUUUCCUCCUCUGCAUCAAAUGUUCAUUGCUUUUUCCAUUUAGUUUUCAGUCCACAAUGAUCUGGGUUCUGAUCCAAGGUUUCCGCAGGAACUCCUCUUGCUGGGAUUACAAAGACUUUCCAGUUAUUACAUCCAAGGGACAUUUUUCAACAAUUAACUCACUGGGGACUCUCUUUUGCACUCUGCCUCGACAUCAUGCUUCAUUGUUGUCAGAACUAUAAUUUGUACUGGCUCCACUUCUCUGAGCUGCCUCCUUCCCCCAACCCCUAUUUUUCUAGUUCCUGGUAUGGAUAUAUGCACCCUCCUUAAUGGACAUGUUCUUUGCACAAGCCCACCCCGUAGGCGGGGGAAGGUUUCCGUUUCCUUGACGUUGACUGGAGAGAGACUAUUUUCCUAAUGGGAGUUGUUAGUGCUCCCGUAAGUGCUUCAAAUCAAAGGGCGUGAGGCUGAGCGCAUGCAGCCUCUUUGUACAGACCCCUACCCCUGCCUGUCUGACGCCACCCUACUCUGCUUCUUUCUGUUCUUUCCAUUGAGGUCUUGCUGUCCACACAGUUACCCAAACCAGAACUGGAAAGUCGUGUUUGGCUCCCCUUCCCGGCCCCUCCCAAUCCGUCAGUCUGCAGGAGCUGCUAUUCUACCCAGCCCUGAAUCUGGAGGUUUUUGUUUCUUCCCACAGACAUGGGAAACCUAGCAUAGGCUGACAGUAUCUCUCACCUAGAUGCCUGCCAGAGUUCCCUCUCGUCUGCCCCUUCCUUUGUAUCUCUGAACGUUUUUACAGCUCAAAUGCAGAGAAUUCCACCAUCAGAUCGGAGCUUACACCCCCUACCCUUAGUAGUCACUGCUCUCAGGAUAAAAUGGAAGCCCCUCAGAAAACACCGAAAGCUUUCCAGACCAUGUCUCAUUGUGCUCUCCAGCCUUGCUCGCUAUUGGUACAAAACUUAGGAUUUUUGUAAACAUGAUGUGGCUUCCCCGUUUUAGUACAGUACUCCAUGCCAGUCUCCUCAGGAAGCCUUCUAGGAUCCCAUAGGGUAGACUGGGCGCUUCUCUUCAGUACUCCGGUAACCCAGUGGUUCUUUCACCGGAUUCAGUAUUGCACCCAUGGUUAUUUCUGUAUGCUUCUUCAUUACAGGAUAAGAACUGUUGAAUUCCCAGAUUUUGUACAUAGUAAAUUUCUAGUGAAUGUUUGUUGAAUGAAUCAAUGAAUGACUGUCCCAAAGUUUUCUUGCAAGUAAGUUAAACUGGAACCAAAAAAAUGUUCUUAUUAAAAAACAAAAAAACAAAAACACACACACACACACAAAGAAACUAUGUUCAUUCUCAAACCAGUGUUCAUUUUACCAUUAUAAUUUGCACAUUGGAGUUCUUAAAGUCCUCAAGGAACUGAAGUUUAAGAGGCCAAUUUCUGGUACAGGAUUUCCCUUCAAAGUUUUAAAAUUGGUUCUAGUUUUCAGUAGUACAUUCUCAGCGUUCAAUAAUCAGUUUUAAAAGAAUUCUUGGUAAAGAAUCUUGUUCAUGUUUUUAAUUUCCAUUUUCUGUUCCAUCUCUAGAUGCCAAUUUUGUUAGCUCAUUAUGUUCUAGAUUUUCUUUUUGCAGACUUGCAAAUAUGAAACUAUUAUUCUUUUACCUUUUGUAAAAUGGUAUUUAAAACUGAGGCAAUGGGUUGGCAUGCAGCUUAGUGGCUGUUGUCACAAAGACCUGGGCUCAACCCCCAGCGCUGCAGAAUACGGGAGUGAUAGUAAUCAUUUCACUUCUCUACUUUUCCAGAAGUAUUAGCAAACAGAGCUAAUUAGCACCCAGCUUGAAUGAAUGGGCAGAGAGGUACUUGGCACAGGAAGCUACUUGAUGAGUAGGGAAAAUAAUGUUGGCAGUACACUGACUUUUGGGAAGACCCAAGGCCUUCCACAACUGAGCCUAUAUGCCCAGAUGUCUCCCUCAGGCAGAUGUCUCAAGUUUCCAGUUAUCAUUUCUCUGGAACUCUCGCAGGCCACGCCCCUUGAUGCAAUAUCUGGGUUUGGGCAAAAAGGAGGGUGCUGCAAAGUCCGCCCAUUCUGAGCGUUUGGGCCAGCUUCUCUUUCCAGAACAACUCAAGCUUCAUUGCAACUCUGACCUCAGCACCAACAUCUGCUUCCUGAAGCAAGGUGCCCAGGAUGGACAGAAAGUUUCAUUCCGAAAGGAAACAAUGUUUCAGGGCAAACUAAGUUUGUCAGAGACCUUCACACCAAACAGGCUAGCACAAUGGUUCUGCAAGGAGUCUGGACAAGUCCUGUCAUGUGGUUUUUCUACAGCUUAAUCUCAGGUUUUCUCACAGAUGGAGUGGCCGUUCUGCCUGCCCCACAGAACUUCUCUGUGAGGUCAACCAACAUGAAGCAUCUCUUGAUGUGGAGCCCCGUGUCCCAGCCUGGGGAGACAGUAUUGUAUUCUGUGGAGUACCAGGGGGAGUAUGAAAGCCUGUACAUGAGCCACAUCUGGAUCCCCAGCAGCCAGUGCUCACCUACCAAAGAUCUGGAGUGUGACGUCACUGAGGACGUCACUGCCACAGUACCAUAUAACUUCAGGGUCAGGGCCAUGCUGGCCUCACAGACUUCAGCCUGGAGCACCCUGGAGCACCCCUUUAAUCGAAACUCAACUGUCCUCACCCCACCCAGGAUGGAGGUCACAGAACAUGGAUUACAUCUGGUUAUUGAGCUGGAAGACCUUGGGCCCCAGUUUGAGUUCCUUGUGGCCUACUGGAGGAGUGAGCCUGGUGCCACGGAACAUGUGAAGGUGGUGAGGAGUGGGGACUUUCCAGUGUACCUAGAAACUAUGGAGCCGGGGGCCAUGUACUGUGUGAAGGCGCAGGCGCUGGUGAAGGCCAUCGGGAGGCGCAGUGCCUUCAGCAAGACUGAGUGUGUGGAGAUGCAAGGAGGACCUCUCCCGCUCGCGCUGGCCCUGUUUGCCUUUGUUGGCUUCAUGCUGGUUCUCACGGUUGCACUGCUCUCCAUCUGGAAGAUGGGCCAGCUGCUCCGGUAUUCAUGCUGCCCCACUGUGGUCCUCCCGGACACCCUGAAAAUCACCAGCCCAUCCCAGAAGCUAAUCAGCUGCAGAAAGGAAGAGGUGGAUACCUGUGCUGUGACUGUACUGUCCUCGGAGCAUCUUUUGGGGGUCUGGAUCUCACAGACUUGAGGCAGGACCUGAUGGAUUAACAACCUGGUCAGCAGGACCCAGAACCCUGGACGGGGAGGGCUGUGUUUCUGUUUUCCUCCGUGAACAAAAGAGCCAGCUGUGUGCAGGUCUAGCAGCAACCAUCAGAGUGUGACACCAGAGUGGUGAGGUCACCAGUGUGACCUCAGCCAGUGGUGAGGAGAAGUGACCCCCAGACCUGCAGUCACCAUACACUCACCGAACGACGGUGGGGGAAGAUGGCUUCAUCCCUCCACACCCCGGCUUUGCCAUCUGUGGUGGGGAUUAACCGCAUCCUGUAAUGCUCUCUCCCCUUGUCUCCGUGUACCACCAGCAGGGCGGCAGAGAGACUGGUGGCAUUGUGUACUGCAGUGAGUUCAGUGAGACCUUGUGGCCUGUGUACUAAGAAUGUGUACUAAGAAUGACAUGUGUACUAAGAAUGACACACACACACACACACACACACACACACACACACACACACACAACUACAUGGAGCUGGAUGCAUGCCUGCAAUCUCAGCACUUGGGAGUAGGCAGAGAGAAAAAUCACAAGCUCGAGGCAGCCUGGACUAGAGUGAGACCCGGUCUCAAAUAAACAACUAAUCGACGAAGAGUAAGAGAACAUAAAAACAAACACAAACCAUUGUUGGACUUCCCACUUCCCCGGAGGAAACCUUGAGGAGGGAAGGAAGAAUGGGAGAGCCGUUUCACUUCAAGCCAAAUCCCUGUUGAAGUGCUAAGUCAGCCAGCUCUGCUGAGGGUGCCCCGGAGAGAGGCCAUGCCUGCCUCCCCCACCCCUCUCGUCCACUACAGGGCAUUUGUGAAUGUUGCAGUGACUUCAUGAGAUGCCAUCAGAUCCUGGGGCCUUGUCCACAGAAAAUCCCACGAGCCCUCUUCCUAGGGGCAAUUCACUCAGGACAGCCCCUCCCAGUGCUCAUCAGGAACCCCUGACUAGAGGUGGUACCAUUCCUUACCACCUCCAGGAGAAGCGCUUCUGUCGGAGGCUUCAUCCCUCCCGGCAGAGUCAGGCUCACCACCCCCUCCCAGCUCUGGAACCUGGAGCUGGCUUGUCUCUGCCCCAACUUCCUGGGCCUCUCCAACCAGACAGGGGUAAAGACAGGCCAACCGUUUCAACCAGGUGCUUCCUGUCUUGAAACAGAAGCCAAUGGCCCUGUUUCCACCUUGGGGACGCCAGGAGAAAGAGGGCAUUUCUGCAGGGGUGUGAGGGGAGGCUCUCUACUGGGGUUUGUAUCUGUUUUGCCUUGACUCUUUUUCCAAUUGUGUUAAUUUUAUACUUCAACUGGUCUGGAAGUGUAUUUGCUGUUUGCAAAAUUUAAAAAAAUGCAUACCAACCUUCAGGUUUGCUCCUCCCUCUCCUCUCCCCUUCACCCCAGGGACCUUGCUCUUCCAUCACCUGUCUAGGCUCAGAAUAAAGAAAUAACCCCAGCCUUUCUCUGUUACAGUUUCUCAUGGGACUCUGCCUGUUUCGCUGGCUUCUUUAGCCACAUAGAGACUUCUCUCAAUUAUUCUGUUGUUUCUUCAUGUCCCCAC